AUGACAGUUCAUAUAGAUGAGCUAGUACAGUUAUCUAACAAAUCGGCCAAGUUUGGUGGUGGUAUAAGUUGGAGAACCAUUGUUGAUCAGCUUAACAAAUUAUCUUCUGAUGAAAUUCAACUAUUAACAUUUGAUUCCAUUGAAGAUGUCAGAGAAUUUUACCUAUGUCAUAGCAAAAUGGUCGGUUUUGGUAUUAGAGAACGUGAUGAAAAGAAAGAUCAGAAAGGUAUUGUGACAUACAAAUGGUGGGUAUGCAACAGAGAGGGCUUUAGAAAUAGCAAAUGGUUAAAUUUAGUUAACCGUAAGAAAGAGGCAAAACGUCUUAUGAGAGUUGGUUGUCUGGCAACUAUAAUUGUGCAAUGGAAUAAGGAUAUUUAG